AUGCAACGUAAAAGUGUCAAAUCGCAGCCAACUCAAGUUGAACUACGACAGCAAUUCAUCUUGAAAUCCAUCGCUGCGUUUCGAGACAAUCGACAAGCUGCUUUUGCAGAGAAUCGGUUGACGGAAGAUGAAAUAUUCAUGAAAUCAUGGGACGAUAUGGACACUAGUACUGUACCUAUGGACUCCCACUCGAUUCAAUCAACUCAAUUACUCGCAACAUCCAUCAUCAAGUCCAUGAAAUCGGAUCUGCACCAAGAACCAACUGUGCUCUGCCCUGUAUGCAAAUCUUGCUUUUUGAGAGAAGAGUAUGGCUUCAUUUUUUGCAACUGGGACUGUGGAUUGUGUUUUGCUGCUGAUCUCGCCUCAUUGAAAGAUAUGAAGGAGGAACUGGACCUCUUCUUGCAUCAUAAUCAGCCAACGAACGAAGAUGACGAGGAUGAAGAGCCCAGUGCUUGUGCAAACCCACAUGGAUAUCCAUGGUGGCCUUGUCUGGUGCUCGACGCUAAGCUUGAAGCCGAUCUCCCGGUCCAUAUCCGAAAAAAGAAGCGUGGCAAAGAUGUGAUCACUUGUUAUCAUUUCGGAGAGGCCGGUGACGUCGCCUGGUACAGGCCGUCUGAUAUGCGAGAGUACGAAGACUUCAAACCUCAAGUUUUGGCCAAGAGACCUAAAUUAAAACUAUGGGCUGAAGCUUAUGCUCAAUCGGAGCGUUCUGACGCUUUAACUUUAUUUGACAAGCGAUGGGAAGGCCGUUUUACGAUUGUUCCUGCGCCUGCUAGUAACAGUAAGAAGGCCGCUGCUGCUACUAGUAGUGUUGCUACUGGUAGUGGUUUAUUGCAUGAGGAAGAAGACGAUGAGAUAUUGUGGGAAGGUGAAAACGUUCCUUCCUAUACACCUAUAUCAUCAAAGAGCAGUAAGAAGCGGCCUGAAGAAGCAAUCGAUCUAGAGAAACAGACUCCUAGCAAGAAAAAAUUCAAGAAGGAGAAGUCUGCUGAGGAAGACUCUGUCGAUGCCACGAUUGAUUCGAAGACAAUGGAGCAGAUCAUCAGGACAGGAAAGCUCGAUACCAAAACUGCAACCUUUCUGAAUGAUAUGGCUCGCCAUGCUAAAGAGAAUUCAUAUUCUCCAUAUUCGAAAUUCAGAGUCGGUGCAGCACUACUGCUAAAGUCAGGCAAAAUCUACAUGGGAUGUAAUGUGGAAAAUGUAUCGUUUGGAGCUAGUAUCUGUGCAGAGCGUACAGCUGUUGUGAAGGCAGUUUCAGAAGGACACCGGGACUUUAUUGCCAUCGCUGUUGCAUCAGAUCUAGAAGACUAUAUAACACCAUGUGGAAUCUGUCGGCAAUUUAUCUGUGAAUUUGGAAAGAACAUCAUCAUUCAGCUUACAAAGUUGAAUGGUCAGUAUAAGACCAAGAGUAUUGAUGACUUGUUACCUGGUGGUUUUACUAGUUUGACGUAA